CAAACAUCGAAAUACAUAGAUCGCAACAAAAACAAACAACAAUGCCAGACGACGACACCUCAACCAAGGGAGACUUAUCCCAAAAAGCCAACGAGCGACUCACCAAACUCUCCUCGCACAUAAAACCAAAACCCAACCAAAAGUCCAAAUCUAAAAACACCCCAAACCUCCCAGCAGACUACUCAGACAUCCUCUCCCAAAUCAACAUUCUCCGCGAAAUAGCCUCGACCCCAAACACAAACAACAGAGGCUACAUCCGCCAAAAACAAGCCGGCAAACUCUGGGUCCGCGAACGCAUCAACCAACUCCUAGACACCGACACCUUCGAAGAAAUCGGGUCUAUAUCAGGAACAGUAAAAUGGCGCAAAACCGGCCCCAUGCGCGAAACGCCAGAGUCUUUCGUCCCUAGUAAUAACGUCCAAGGGACGGGCAAGCUCCGGGGGCGCAAGGUAUUACUUACAGUGGACGAUUUUAGUAUCCGCGGUGGACACGCGGAUGGGUCGACGGCGGAGAAGACGAUUUAUUUGGAGAAGUUGGCUGUUGCGUUGAAGCUGCCUGUUGUUAAGUUGGUGGAUGGGAGUUCGGGGGGUGGGAGUGUGACGACUAUUAGGAAGGAGGGGUGGAGUUAUUUGCCGCAUUUGCCUAUGUAUCAGCAUGUUGUGAGGCAGUUGAAUAUGGGGAUUCCGAAUUUGGGGGCUGUUGUUGGGCCUGCUAUUGGUUUGGGAGCAGCUCGCGUUGUGUCCUGUCACUUCUCGGUUAUGGCAGCGGAUAUCGGAGCAUUGUUCAAUGCAGGACCCAAGGUGGUCGAAGGAGCGACCUUUGAAGAAGGACUUGAUUUCCAGGAUCUGGGAGGACCAAUGGUUCACUGCACGAACGGGACCAUCGACAACCUAGCCGCCAACGAGGCUGAAUGCUACGAGCAGCUACGUACGGUACUGAGCUAUCUACCUAAUACCGGCACUGACGCACCUCCUGUAAUUGCAUGCGAAGACUCGGAAGAUCGCGAGGACCUAGAAUUGCGCCAGAUUAUCCCCCGUCGGGCCGCUCGCAUGUAUAAUCCACGCACAAUCAUCAUGAGCGUGGUGGAUCGCGGCUCGUGGUUCGAGAUCGGACCUCUCUGGGGUAGAACGGCGAUCGGAGGACUCGCGCGACUAGGUGGUCGACCGGUAGGUGUGGUUUCAUUGAACUGCGAAGUAAAUGGUGGUGCAUUGGACGCAGCUGGGAGUCAGAAAUUGACCCGAUUGCUGAAACUGUGCGACGUGAUGAAUUUGCCCAUUUUGCAAUUCAUCGACGUUCCCGGCUACGCCAUCGGCACCAUCGCCGAACGAAGCGCCACAAUGCGCUGGGGCGUCGAACUCGCCAAAACUUACUACACAACCACAACCCCCAUCUUCAACGUGAUCACCCGACGCGUCUUUGGCGUCGCAGGCGGGGUCAUGAUCGGUUCCCGCGACCCAGUAAUGCAAGUUGCCUGGCCGUCCGGGCAAUGGGGAUCACUCCCCUUGGACGGGGGUAUUGAAGUUGGACACCGGCAUGAGUUGCGCGAGGCGGAGAAGGUGGGUAAGAAGGAGGAGAGAUAUCGGGAGCUGGAAGAGGAGUAUUUACGGUUGAUGAAUCCGGUACGGACGGCGAAUGCGUUUGGGGUGGAGGAGAUGAUUGAUCCGAAGGAUACGAGAGGGGUUUGUUGUCGGUGGGCGGGGGAUAUGUAUGGGGGGUUGAUGAGGGAGAGGUUGGGGGAUAGGGCGAUUGGGAAGAUUCGGCCUGUUUUUGCUUGAUAUAUUUAUGUCGUGCCCAUGUCGCAUUCGCAUCCUGGUGUAGAUAUAUUUCCGUACAACACGGAGCGCAUGGAUUUUUCAAAUGGGAGUCUCAAUUGUGAAACAUAAACCAUAGUAAAGGC